GGCCGCUUCCCAGCAGCAGCCUGCACCUGCUGUGGAGGUGGCCCCGCUCCAAACGUUACAGCUGCCACCGGCCACGGGUGGUUCAGCUGGCCUGCGUGGUAGCUUGCUGGGCGCCUGCCAGGACGCCUCCACCCCACCUUUCACCCCUCGGUCCAAGCGCGACCCCCGCCGCGCGCUGCACUGUCACCAGCCCAUCGCAGGUGGCCUGCGGGGCUCCCAGAUGCCAGCAGCAGCAGCAGCAGCGCUUGAUAAGGCGGUUGCGGUUGAUGGGAGCCCUGCUGUUGCCGCUGCACCCGUCGUGCCUUCUAUGGCUGCUGCUGCUGCUGCUGCUGCUGCCACCGGAAACACUAAACCAGCAGCAGCAGCGGGGGCAGCAGCAGCAGCUGCUACUGCAACGGGUGCUACUGCAAUGGGUGUGGCUGCAGAUGCAUCCCUGCCCCUCAGCAGCGAGCCGACAGCGCCAGCAAGGGUCCAGAUAUGCAAUAUGCUGCAGGUUGCACCACGAGUAUGGCCGCCGCCCCCGGCUGGCCUUGAUGCCCGGUCACCUCUGCUUCAGCCGGUGACCCAUGGGUCAUCUGGGUCGCUGCCCGCGCCUGUCACUGGUGGGAGUGCUGGUGCGGCUGGUGGUGUGGGAGCCGCUGCUGCCACUGGAUGCUACGAUGGUGUUCCGCCGGGUCCCAGACGGAUCCGUCAAACGAGGGUGGGGGCGGCGCUGAACCCUGCUGCUCCAGGCGCUGCUGGACCGGCUGGCAACCCGCCAGCAGCGGCAGCAGUACCCGGUACGGCACUGAUGCCUGCUGGUAUGGCAGCCGCACCUGCCAACACAUCAGCAGCACUUGGUACGGUAGUGCAACCCUGCACACCGGCCUUAUCGUGGUUCCCCUCACCGGUUGCUGCUGCUUAUGCUGCUCUUGUUGCUCUUGCUGCUGGUGCCGACGCAUCAUCAGGAAGCAGCACUCAGCUGCCAGCAGCACUUGCAGCGGGCUUGCAGCCCCACCAGCAGCAGCCGGCGGUGUCUGAUGAGCAGGAGGGAGUGCAUGCGGGGGCAGCAACAGCGAAUGCUGCUGAUGCUGCUGCUGCUGCGGCGGUGGUGGCAUCUACACCCGCCUGCCAGCUGCAGCCGCCGUGCAUGCCGCCGCAGCUGCUGGCGCCCCCAGUAGCUCCGGAGCCGCAGCACCAGCCGCCUCAGCAGCAACAACUCCAGGAGCUGCCGCAACAGCAGCAGCUGCAGCAGCCACCCAUCCCCUCGCCGCUACAGCCGCAGCAGCCCGCCGCUGGCACGACGUCUCCACCGCAUCUCAUCACCUGUCUGCAGCAGCAGCAGCGGAUGCAGCACCAGCGGAUGCAGCAGCAGCGGCCGCCACAACAGUGGCAGCAGGAUUUUCCUUCACCCACACCCCAGCAGGGGCUGCUGGAGAGGCCGAAUCUGGACAUGUUCAUGAGACUGCGGGGAUCGAGUGGCAGCGAGGGUGGCCCGUCCAGUGCUGCUGCUGCUCCUGGUGUUGGUGGCGACACCAUGUCUGCUGGAGAGGUAAUCCGGCCAACUGCUGGGCAUGGCGCUGCUGGUUGUGCCUUGCCUGUUCCGGGCACUGGCGGCUUUUGUGAGGAUGUCGGCGGUGCUGCCGGCGCGGAUGGGAGAAGCAGCUGGGGCAUUAAUGAUGGGAGUGAGGUUGAUGACGAUGACGAGCCAGCUGAGGACGGUGAGAACGGCGGCGGCGGCGGCGGCGGUGGUGGCGGUGACAGUGGUGGUGACAGCGGCGGACAGCAUGGCCUUGACGGUGGCCUCAACCGUGAUGGCCAGGGCGACAUCCUCAACCGUGAGGUAGCGGAGGCAGGGGAGGCUCGAGGAGGGCAGCAGAAGGUCAUGCAGCAAUGCACGCCUGCUGGCGGGGGUGCACACGAGCAAGCAGCGGCUGCUCCUGCUGCUGGGCCCUCCAGCAGCCGGGCCGCCUCCUCCUCGCAUGUGCGCGUUAAGCAGAAAUGGAUCGGGAAAAGCCACCUGGCGCUCAGCAUGCAUGAUGCCCGCAAGUGGUUCGGGGAACCGUUCACUGAGGCCCAAGUGCAGGUCAAGAUCGUAAUGGAUGGUCUGGCUCAACACCAGCAACACGACGUCACCUUUGCUCAUGAUGCCAAGCAAAGGAAAUGCGCUGUCAAAGGAACCAGCGUGCACAGGGCUGCACGCGGCAAGUGGUUCGUGCGCUGGAGCCGCCCCGACCCCCAGGGCCCCGUUGAGCUGCACCUGCGCUCCGCGCCAGGGCGGUGGAGUGGCACGAGGAAGCGCCGCCAGGGCGGUUCGGCGCUUGAGGCUGCAAGGGAGGGACAGGAGCUGGACGAGACGGCGGCCACGGAUGAAGCUGCUGGAGGGGCAGCAGGAGGGUGUGACAGGUCGCUGCAGGCUGGGGAAGGAGGCGGGAAGAGCCGGGAUAAGCGGAGGCGUUAUUGCAUGGAGGAGGGGCAGGUGGAUGGAGAGGGGGAGGAGGAGCAGGUGAAGGAGGAGGAGCAGCAGCAGAAGACGAAAAGAGUGGAUUGACCCAUGGGUCCGGUGAGCUCUGAAGUACCGGUAUUGCAAGUUGUUAGUACCAGGCUUGCAGGAAGUAAUAAGGUCCUGGGAGGCGUCUAGAAGGGCCUUCUACACUUCAGUUGGAGGGGCAUUGGCAGCAGUUGCCUGAUAACGCUGCACCUACCUACCAGAGCAUGCCGGUAAGAGGAUACUUUUGUCCAGAAUGCUGUGUAUGUUAGCCGCACUCUUGCCCUUCCUACGCAUGCAUGUGUGCGAUGUGCCAGGGGGGGCAACAUGCAACAAGGGGGGCAGCAGGGCCGGGCAGCGGUGUGCCCUUAGGUGCCGGCAUGAGUCCCCAGGGGCCGCCCUCCUACCCCACUUUACGGCGGCAGUUUAAUUAAGGGGUUCACUCCUUGAAUGAAUGAGCGCUACAAUCGUUUCUUAGGAAUGCGCUUUGCCUAGUGGCAUAUGAUGUGCGAUGGUUCUGUGGAUGCACAGGAAGCGUGACGGGGUUUGCUUGACCGGAAGGUGUCGAGGGAAGUUGUUGGAAAGUACGGCCGAAUCCUUUAUUAACGGUUCAACAGCCAAGGGUCCGCACUCCCAACACCUUUCCCUCGCGCUCUGCAUACGUUGUAAGGAUUUGGUUUUUUUUGUUAAGCGGGUGUGACUGUUAUUUAGGCUUUUAACCAAUUGGAAUGUGACAGGCUGACAAAAAGAACGGAUCAUUUGUGAUGACGAUUUGCCUCCGGCCUUCAUUCCCGACCAGACAUCCAAAUAACAAUAAUUUUCUUCACAUCCAGCGUUCCCACGGCUUCUCCAGCCUGCUCCUACCCUUACCAACGCUCGCAAAAAGCCCUAAACACGCUUUUAUCGCCGCAUCAGCAAUGUCCGAGCUAAGCUCCCCAACCGCGCAGCCAAACGGCCCAGUCCGCGAAGUUGCUUCCACUGCUCGCGUGCGUGUGUUCAGCGCUGCUGAGGAUCCCGAAGGCGCCAAGCAGUGCAUUGUCACGAUCGGUCAGGGCUUCGCUUCCGAGCCUAACAACGACUUCUACUGCGCCGACGCCUCCCUGCACGGCAGCCGCUGGCAGGCCAUCGCCUCCAAUACGCUCCUGCGCAGCCCUCCGCACGUGCGCCUGUUGCACAGUGUUGCAGGCGGCGGCCCGGAGGGGGAGCAUGCAGCGGUGGCCUUCGCCUAUUCCUACCCAGAGGACAAGGCCCCCGAGGGCGACCCCGACCCGCCCGGCACCAUUGACCUGUCCACCUCCACUCGACCCGAGAGCAUUCCCGUACGGGACGAGAUGCUGUCGUACCUCUCGGCGAAGAAGGCGGAGUUCCAUGAGACCCACGGGUCAUUCGGGUACAUCGCCUUCCUCGCCACCCGCCCCGAGUGGCGCGGGCGGGGUCUGGGGUCCCGCCUGCUGAGGCACCUGACGGACAAGGCCGACGCGGCGGGUCGGUGGUGCUACCUAGAGGCGACCAAUGAGGACAACGCGCGACUCUACCAACGGCAUGGCUUCCGUACGAUCGAGACCAAGGUUUGGACUCUGGAGUGCCUGCCUGGGAGGCGCGUCAUGCUGCUGCCUAUGAGCCGACCUCCCUCACGCUCCCCCUGAGGGCAACAAUGAGGGACGAGGAAGCUGCAAGUGUAUCCAUUGGCUCCACCAUGAUGGCCCCCUUGCGAGGGGGCAGGGGAUUGGGGCAGCGGCCUGGAGGAGGGCGGAACCCCAGGAACCCCUAGGUUGCUCCAUUGUACCAGGUCUAAGCAGCAGUUGCUGCGUCCUUCGGGGAUUACAUGCUUUACGAUGCACAAGUUUACAUAGCUGCGGUGUGCAAUGCGACAGCGUUGGGUAAGGUAUACACUGUUCGCCUCUUGAUGAGCCCUCCUGAACCCGGCAACGGUUUGUUCCAGCCGUAAAGGGAACUGUGGUCUGCAUGGUUGGUGAAGGAAUCAUCAGCGUGCGCUACAUGGACGACAUGUACGUGAGGACGCCUGUGUACGGCAGGGAUAAUGGUGACUUUUGAAUGAAUCCAGAGCUGCUGCAACAGCGGAUACUAUGACUCCAACCAGCAGACCAUGCAGCACGAAAAUCGCAAAACGGAAGAAUCGCCGAC